CUGAUGAUCUUGUGGUUAGUGUUUAUUAUCGGUGUGACCGGCCAGGUGGAUCAGCAUGCUACCACCGAAACCAAGCACCUGUAUAACAGAUUGAGAACUCUGGCUAGAAAUGAAAAUCAGAUUUUAUUUGGAAUGCAGGAAGCAACACUUCAAGGUGUAGAAGGUGGGCACACUCCUUACAUAAUGAACAGACGACAUGAUGGUGUAGAGGGCUGGAUUUAUGGGGAUUAUAUGGUGGAUCAGAAAUAUCCGGAUGAACUAUGUGACGUAAAACGGCUGACCGGUUCCUUUCCCGCCGUUAUUGGUUUCGAUCUGUACGACUUGAAGGACUACCAGCUCAAGACAACAACUUUCUUAGGUAGGAAAGCGUAUGAAAGGGGUGAAGUUAUCGCGCUUGUUAUGCAUCAUAAAAACCCCAUUACUGGAGGAUCACCAUGGAUAAAAAAUGAUAAGGGGGACAUAAAAAAAUCAAUCAAGAGACUUCUUCCUGGUGGAGACUCUCAUUGGAAAUGGAACCAGAUUUUGGACAAAAUUGCAUCGUGGGCACAUGGUUUCAAAGAUUCAAAGGGAACAAACAUUCCCGUAAUAUUUCGCUUCCUUCAUGAACUAAAUGGCGACUGGUUUUAUUGGGGGUUGAAUAACGCUGUCGGUAACACGGAAGAGGAAUUGAAGGAGUUUUAUCGAUAUACUGUCAAAUAUCUCAGAGAUACUAAAGGUGUUCACCAAUUUCUGUACGCUUUUAGCCCAGACAAGUUCACUGAUCAGGCCGACUACCUCAAGGCCUAUCCAGGCGAUAAUUAUGUUGACAUCCUUGGUAUGGAUUAUUAUUAUACUAGGGUUUCGGACACGAAAGAUAACCUGCAAAGAAGUAUUCGUGAUGUCGUCGUAUUAGCUGAAUCCCGAAACAAGAUUCCGGCACUAACUGAAACCGGUUACAUGGACAAUAAAAUUAACCAGUUUCCGAACUUCUGGACAGAUUAUGUGUUGGAUGUUGUUAAAAGACAACCAACUACCAAACGCCUCGCUUAUAUUCAUGCUUGGACCAAUCAGUGUUUUGAUAAUGCUGAGCAUUCCUGUCUAAUCUGGGUACCUUACAAAGGUCAUCCUGGAGCAAAUAGUUUUGUCAACACAUUUUAUAAAGACCCAAUUACAAUAUUUGGUAACAAGGUUCCCAACUUUUAUCACUGAAUGUAAUUUUGUAAAGGUAAAGCAAAAUAAAAUAUUG